UCUUCAACUCUCUCCCCUCGAGUCGACUCGCUACAUCUCCAUCUCCCGCUGCUGUUUUCGUUUUCGCUGUCUCUCCCCGGUCAUCACCGUCUCCUCCAUCCCCACCUACAUCAUGAGAACCUCCACUUUGGUGGCCGCCACCGCCGGCACGAUCAUCACCGGUCUUCUGGCCUACGCCGUCUACUUCGAUCACAAGCGCCAGACCGACCCCGAGUUCCGUCGCGCCCUCAAGCGGAACAACCGCCGCAUGGCCCGCGUUGAGAAGGAGGAAGCCGAGGCCCAGGGCGCCAUGCAGCGCGAGUCCAUCAAGGCCGCCGUGCAGCAAGCCAAGGACGAGGGCUUCCCUACGGACUUGGAGGAAAAGGAGGCCUACUUCAUGGGUCAGGUCGCUCGCGGCGAGUCCCUCUGUGCUGAAGAACCCGUUGAGGCCGCUUUGUGCUUCUACAAGGCCUUGAAGGUCUACCCCCAGCCUAAGGACCUCAUCUCCAUCUACGACAAGACGGUUCCCAAGGAGGUCCUAGAGAUCCUGGCUGAGAUGGUCGCCAUGGAUGCCGGCCUCCAGCUCGGCUCCUUCACGGCAGAGAGCUCCGGCCCGGAGAGCCACGGUGUGGAGUAAAUUCGUCCGCCGUGAUCGAUUCUCUUUGUCCUUUACUCUUUCCUUCUCCAUCCGUCCGCAUUCUGCCUCGAACCUGCACCUCUGAUCUGGAACGGGUGUCGCUACUGUGGUGACCUCCAGUCUCUGCAGGGUCAUGGUCUGGCUGCAAACCCUCCCGGACGGAUCUGUCUAAACAUCCUCUUUGAUCCCGCUUUCCCUCUCCGCUACUCGUGUAAUUUCCUAGGUCGUUCAUGUGUUCUGCUUGCCUUAUUUUUUAUUCCUUUUAUCGUUUUCCCCUGUAUAUUUGCAUUGGGUCUUGAGU